AUGCUAGGAUUAGGGGACCCCUUAAAUAAUCCCAGUUCUUCUACAUCUCAGCAAGUUGAUUGGUGCAUACAAGGAGUGGCUUUAAUGAACAACUCUGAGGUGGCAUUAUUGUCUCAAUCUAGGGAUGCUGCUCAUAAGCAACCAGUGGAUGUGACUCUAUUUUGCAUUAGAGAAUGGUUGGAGAAGGGUCUGCAACUAGGAUGGCAAGAGGUGAAGCUAAGGUUCACAGACAAAGAUUUAUUCCAAAUGAUAUCGAGCAACACCCUAUGCAACACGAAAUUUGCUGUCCUGGCUCCACUGCCGCGGUUGGAAUUAAACCUCACUAGGGCUCUAAAUGCUCUGGAAGGUGAAAGAGAGGUUCUAUUGGAGAAGCAGACCAAGCUGAUGGGCAAUUACCAGGAGUUUUUCGCGUUUUUCGUACAACGCAGCACCGUUUGCGUUUUGAUGAUGGCGGGUGGGCUUUUCAUAGGCUACUAUCUCUACAGCAAGGUUCAUGGCUAUAUCAUCACUGCCCUAGCCAUGAACCUUGUAGUGGAGAUAGUAGCCUAUGAAGAGCCCACCUGCCAUCAUCAAAACGCAAAUGGUGCUGCACUGUACGAAAAACGCGACAAACUCCUGAGAGGAGAACUGUGUAGAAGAUGCAAGAUAUCGAUAAGAAUAGCCUAG